AUGGCGGAAUUUCCUGAUUUCAUCGUACCUUCUCAUCUCGCUGAAUACAAUGUCCCUCUGCCCGAAUUCGCCGCGUCGAAACCACAUCUGACGGAUUUCGUUGUCGGGGGACUGGUAUAUUCUCAAUCCAUCGAAGAAGGCGAUGAAGCCACCGAACCGACAAGCGAAAAGCCCCGUACCUACGUUCUGCUCCUCCAACGCGCCGCCACCGACUCCUACCCCGGUCAUUGGGAAGGACCGGGAGGGAUGUGCGAGCGCACCGAUUCCACGCUGCUAGCCGGUGUAGCGCGCGAAGUCUUUGAGGAGACUGGGCUCCACGUUUCCAAAUUUGUUGAUUUGAUUGCGAUUGAUGAGUGGGUGCGGAUUUUGCGGAAUGAUGAAAUGCACCGUGUAGCUAAGUUCACGUUUUUGGUUGAGGUGCACGAGGCGAGUGGGAAGGAUGGUGUACCAUCCGGGGAUGUGGUAGUGGGAGUUGCGCCGGAGCGCUGGGAGGAUGGGGUGAAGUUGGAGCAGGCUGAGCAUCAGGCAUUUGAGUGGGCAACGGAGGAGGCGGUGCGUGAGAGUCUAGAGUCACAGGGCAAGUUUAAAUUUCUGAAAGAUCAGGGUUGGAAUCUGUUGAAGGGGUUUGAAUUGCUGAAGAGGACUAGAACGGGCUGA